AUGCCUAAUUCCGUCGUUAAUGCUAAUUACGACUAUUUACACGAUAAUGAACUGGUACUUUUAAGCAAAUGCUCUUAUCAAUUAACUCUUUCCAUUGAAGAAUUAACUAAGCCAGCUGUAAGAAAACGUGAUAAUUCUGAUAAACCACCACGUCCACAAAACAGCUGGAUAAUUUUUCGAAGAGAUUAUGAAGCGCAUUUACGUUUAUGUAAUCAACACAUCAAACAAAAAGUAAAAGAAACAGCAAAGGAAUGCAGUUUAAAGUGGCGAGAGCUAUCAAGCGAAACCAAACAUUUCUUCAAAAUAUUAGAAAAAAUAGCUUGUGAGAAUCACAAAAGCUUAUAUCCUAAUUAUAAGUAUAAGCCAAAAAACGCAAAAGAUUCAAGCGUUAAGAAAUGGGUUUUUCGCGAACAAAAGAAAUACGCACCAAAAUUGUCACAUAAACCUAGCUCAACGAGUACAACUCCUCAAGAAGCAGCACAAAUCGUUAGGUCGCCCUCUUUGAAUAAUACAACAUCAACAAUCGAAUAUAAUCAUACUGUUAUCACCGCUUCGACAACCAUUGAUGAUACUUGUCCUUCCACAGUCAAUAAUAACACCGCUUCGACAACCAUUGAUGAUACUUGUCCUUCCACAGUCAAUAAUAAUAAUGCGGAUGUUGGGAAUUCGAUCAAUAACGCAUUUAAUGAAAUAAUUUCAUUGGAUCAAUUUUCUUUGUUAUCUGGAAAUGUUGGUAUUAACGUUAAUAAUGACACUCAUCCUUCCACAAUCAAUCCGAACGCCAAUACAUGGAAUUCGAUCAACAUGGUCUCAAGAGAUAUGCGCAAAAAGUUUGUCGAUGUAUUCGGUGACGAAUUUCUUGACGCGUGA